AUGGAUGAGGUGAAUUUUAUUACUAACUAUUUUGAUGUUAAUCAUCGCCCUGACAAGAACAUUUAUAUUAUCGUAGUCUUUUCUACUUCCACUGAUUACCUAUAUAAAAGACCAAGGCUUGAUUUUAAUAACAUUCCUUUAGAUUUAGGACAGUCUCCUACGCAACUUUUACAUACUGGCGGAUGUUUUUGGGAUUAUCAAGAAUCAUCUGAGUUGGAACAAGAAUUGAGAAAAGAAGACCCGGAAAAUACUUAUAUAUGUAAGGUAUCAAGGUGCUUAGCCAACAUAGAAAAAUUUUAUGAUAUUUCUCUCUUCCUUGUAAAAUUUGGAAUUGAUAUUGUUGAUGAUAUGGAAGUAAUCGAUUAA